CAAGGUUUUACAGACCACGUUCAACCGGGCGGAACAGGAAGGUGCACGUACGUUCGCCGUUUCCUUGGAAACCGCAUUACGUUCCCCAUUUACUACUCACACUUUUGUAAGCAACAUGGACAUUCGGGAAGGAAACACUAGUUGUGGAGAGAACAUUGUAGAAAUGGUGGACCUGGACGAAGAAAGUUUUGCUAUUUCAAGUUCUUCAGCUGCAGACACUGAUUUUGAUUCCAUUAUUGGCUGCAUAGAGGACAUCAUCAUGGAGGAGGAAUUUCAGCAGCUUCAGCAGAGCUUUAUGCAGAAACAUUACCUGGAGUUUGAAGAUUCUGAUGAGAACAAACUCAGCUACACGCCUAUCUUCAAUGAAUAUGUUGACCUGCUGGAGAAGCACUUAGAGCAGCAGCUCAUAGAGAGGAUACCUGAAUUUAACAUGAGCACUUUCAUAAAUCUCCUUAUGGAACACAAAGACGAAGUCCCAGCAGACAUCUUUGACAUGUUGCUGACAUUCACUGACUUUAUGGCUUUCAAGGAGAUGUUUCUGGAAUACAGAGCGGAGAAGGAGGGCCGAGGAUUGGACCUGACUCAAGGGCUUGUGGUUACAUCACUAAUCUCUGCAGGCUCCAAACAACGCAGCUCAAUUGAGUUACAGUAAUAUACAGACCCAAUAAGUCAAACGUGACCUUGUAUGUAUUACAUUUUCUUGUGUGCUGUUGUUAACCUAACAACGUUGGGUUGUGGUCGGUAAUACUUGUGAGUAUCUUUUGUUAUUUUUACCCUGCUCCUGUUUUAGGAUACACUCUGAAUAAUAUGGUAAGUGUGCAAAUAGCUCCCAAUUGCAUGUCUGUCUCUGCGUUGUAAGUGGAGGGUGUGAUGGUAUGUCUUUCCUACUCCACUAAUUUCCAUUGGACCUCUUGACUACUUGAAAUGCUGAAAUCUCUUCAACCUCAAUGAGCAGGUGAAUGAGGGAUAUUUUUUUUAAAUGAUACAUUAUUAUUAUUUUAAUUACAAUUUACUAUUUAUGGGUUUGUUACAAACCCCAAGCUCUGGCACUGGUAGAAGAUUUAUGCUAACUGUGAAAGGCAACAGUAAAUGUUCUACUGAGUAUUGACAUAUAUAGAGUAUCUUCUUUACUUGGUGUUGCUAAGAAAAGUGUAGUAGUAAUAUAUGAUGAAGUUCUAAAAUAUUUGAUCAGUUUAAAAACUCAUUGAGUUUGUGCCUGUAAAAAGGUUUGUGAUGUACAUAUUGAUUGUUUGCAAUUAGAAACGGUACCUACAGUAAGAUCUUUUCAGUACAGUGUCAAAGUAUUUUUUACUUGUCUGAAGUAUCUGUUAGGGUAUAUUUUUAAAUAAAAAAAAAACUUAAAGUCCACAAA